AAUGCCGAACUGGGGAGGAGGCAAGAAAUGCGGGGUGUGCCAGAAGACGGUUUACUUUGCUGAAGAGGUCCAGUGUGAGGGCAGCAGCUUCCAUAAGUCGUGCUUCCUGUGCAUGGUCUGCAAGAAGAAUCUGGACAGCACCACUGUGGCUGUGCAUGGAGAAGAAAUCUACUGCAAGUCCUGCUAUGGCAAGAAGUAUGGGCCAAAAGGCUAUGGCUAUGGGCAGGGUGCAGGCACACUGAGCACUGACAAGGGGGAGUCACUGGGCAUCAAGCAUGAGGACAGCGUCCCUGGCCACAGGACCACCACCAACCCCAAUGCAUCCAAGUUUGCCCAGAAGAUUGGUGGCUCUGAGCGCUGUCCUCGCUGUAGCCAGGCCGUCUAUGCUGCGGAGAAGGUGAUCGGGGCUGGGAAGUCUUGGCAUAAAUCCUGCUUCCGAUGUGCCAAGUGUGGCAAAGGCCUCGAGUCAACCACUCUGGCAGACAAGGAUGGCGAGAUUUACUGCAAAGGAUGCUAUGCUAAAAACUUCGGGCCCAAGGGCUUUGGCUUUGGACAAGGAGCCGGGGCCUUGGUCCACUCUGAGUGAGGCCACCACCACUGCCUGCUGCGCCCGGCCUCUCCCACGCUUUCCAUCGCCAUUUCCCUCCCAGCUGCCAUGGAGACCUCUGGGGUUCUCUCACUUAGCCCUGCCGCACAUCGCUAACGACUUGAACCUGGGCAUCUGGCUCCCUUUGAUUUUGGGGUCUGCCUGAGCUCCUGUCCCACUAAGGAGCUCCCUCUGCCCGGCAUCUGACACCGUUACCAUUUGGAGACACCUGUCUGUGUGAUCUCAGUGGGACCAGGCCCUCUCCCCACACUGCACCCCACAGACCCCAGCCUCUUCCCUGUCAUUGGCUGGCCAGGACUCCUGAGACCCCAUGUCGAAGCCCAGAGGAAGAGCAGCAACAGGCUGGAGGGGCAGGGAAGCAGGACCAAGAUGGGGUGAGGAAAGGCUGCGGUUUACUGGGUCCCAGGGAUUCUCC